ACAUGGGGUUGGACAAUCAUUUCAGUUCUGGUCAGGAGAACAAGGAAGACAGGAAGUACAAACCAAAGCCUGAAGAGUAGCAACAUUUCGCUGAAGUUUGCUUUCUCUGUUGCCACCAUGAGUUGGAGUUUCCUGACCCGCCUGCUGGAAGAAAUCCACAAUCAUUCCACAUUUGUGGGAAAGAUCUGGCUCACCGUCCUCAUUGUUUUCCGCAUUGUACUGACGGCUGUAGGAGGUGAGUCCAUCUACUACGAUGAGCAAAGCAAGUUUGUCUGCAACUCAGGCCAGCCGGGCUGUGAGAAUGUGUGCUAUGAUGCCUUCGCGCCGCUCUCACAUGUCCGCUUCUGGGUCUUCCAAAUCAUUCUGGUGGCCACACCUUCACUGAUGUACCUGGGCUAUGCUGUCAACAAAAUUGCCAGAGCGGAGGAGCAGAGCGGGGAGAGGAGUGGUUUGCCUCACAGGAACGCCAGGAGACACUGUGUUGCAGGCAGGAGGCAGCAUCGGGGCAUUGAAGAGGCUGAGGAUGACCAAGAGGAAGACCCAAUGAUCUAUGAAAUUACAGAGCGGGACAACAAUGAAGGUGGAGUGAUGAAAGGAAGCAGUGAUGAUGGACUCCUCAAAGUCAAAUCACGCCACGAUGGGCGCCAGCGUAUCAGAGAGGAUGGGCUGAUGCGCAUUUAUGUCCUUCAACUCUUGGCUCGCUCUGUGCUGGAGGUGGCUUUCUUAUUUGGGCAGUAUGUCCUUUAUGGAUUUAAGGUGCCUGCCAUCUAUAUGUGCUCAGACACGCCUUGUCCACACAGUGUGGACUGCUUUAUAUCACGGCCCACUGAGAAGACCAUCUUCCUGCUCAUCAUGUACACGGUGUCCUUGCUGUGUCUGGCACUCAACAUAUGGGAGAUGCUCCACCUGGGUAUCGGCACCAUCUACGAGAUAGUCCACUCCCGCCAGGUGCAGCUCCCCGAAGAUGAGCUGUUUGGUCUGACGAAGAGGCAGGAUGCCAUUAACGAGGCGGGACUGAGCGCUGAAGAUUAUGGCAGCUACUCUUUUUCUUGGAAUGCACCAUCAGCUCCACCAGGGUACAACAUUGCUGUCAAACCUCUCAUGGUGUCUACAGGCCACCACGAGCAGCCGCUGCACAUUAGCGAUCUCACCAAUGCUAAGAUGGCGUGCCAGCAGAACCAUGUGAAUAUCACCCAAGAAGAGCGCCAGCAGUACCCCAACACUGACGACAACCUGCGCAGAGCAGGGUUGAGAGACGGCCGCAGCGGGCUCCUUAAAGACGCAUGUCAACCGCAGAAAAGGCCCGAGGGUGAAAAUCAGACCUACAGCCAGCAGCAGAGCCACAGCCAUAACCACAACAAACCUGAGCAUGAGGAAAGGCAUCAUCCGGCCUCCAAACACGCUUCGAGCAAACCAGACGCUGACAGAGGCAGCAGCAACAGCAGCAGCAGCAAAUAUGGAAAGUUAAAAGGUUCUGACUGGAUCUGAAAUUCAUAUUGUUUACAAAGCCUGCACGCUACAGUAUUUUUUUUUUUAUAAUCUUAAUGAUAUAUUAUUUUAAGUAGCUUUCAGACCAUUAAAAGUACACAGUAAAAAACUGUGGUAUUCAUUUUAAAAUACAAAACACAAGUGUGUGUGGAUAUGUUCAUCACUAUAUUUUAUACAGCGUAAGAGAAUUUACUUUUUCUUAUUGGUGCCAGGAUGAGCUUUAUUUUAGUACUUUAUUUUCUGUUUUCUCUGGUUUUACUCGUGUUUAUCUUGUGUUGCAGCACAGAGAGCUAGAAAACGCUUUUACUUUACGGUUUCAAUCGAAGUAUUAAGUUGUGGGAACAUGACAUUGUUACAACAGUGCAAACCUGACACUGAUAUAUAAACGGCAACGUGUUAGAAAAACCCUUUGAAGAUGAGGUAAAUUUUUAAAUGGUGCCAUCAUUUGUGUUUGCAGCUUUGCUUGACUGUUGCUUGAAGAAAUGUGUUGCCGCUGGCUGCAGUGUUUGUUUUUUGUUUUUUUAAGUACAGUGAAAUUAAUCUGGAAACAAUCUUGUUUUUUCCCUAGAAGAUAUGGGUGCUGUGUCUUUGAUUCUUUGCAGAUAUGCAAAAAAGCUGCCAUGCUGCAACCUAAGGUGCCUUUGCCAACUGUCAGCAACCUGUUUCUAACGGUGUGAAAGUUAUAAUUUACGACAUUGUUUUACAAUGUGCUCAUCACUUUGGACUGAUAAGAAGAGUCUUGCUGUCUGACUAUUUUAUUCACAUUCAGGGGUUAAAGCUUUCAGCAACAUUGUCUCUUUUUCAGCCAGAGGAAAAUGCAAAGUUUUCAGGUGAUGGUUUCAGUGUUUUGUUGCAAAUGUUUAACAGUAUCUUUUGUUGUGUGGGAUGACACCAUACCAGUUUUUUAGUCGGGUGAAUGCUUUUGCAGUGAGUGUAAUCCAGUUGGAUGAUUUCUACCCCCUGAGCGCCCCCUGCAGACCAGGCUGCAAAUGAACACCACACCGUGGAAGAAUCGUGCAGUUUGACAAAAAGACAAGAACAGGAUUUGUCCCUUUCUCAGACAGCUCAUUCUACCCACUGAACUCAGGUUGGGUUUACUGUAUGUUGAAGUAUUUAAAAAUAUGUCUAAAUUUUAUAUUCAACCCAUAGUUAUCUAACUUCUCAGCAUGUUAAAAUUUAUUUUUUUAACUAUGUUUUUUGAUUGAUGUUUAUGCCAUGAAUGCGUUUUUAAUGAUUAUUCUUACUUGUAAUAAAAAUUCAUUUAUUUUAUGCAAAUUGUACUU